UAUAGGUUUCAUUGACUUCUUCAGGCUGGUAGUCAUGAAGAAAGCAUAUAAUUGGCUGUUCCUCAUCUUGCUGCUGGCUGCAAUUGAGAAUAGCGCAGGGUGCUACUGUGACCAUUAUCCCUGGACUGCCUGGUCUGGCUGUUCAAGGACUUGUAAUUAUGGGACUCAAAAUAGAUAUAGUUUCGUACCAGAUCCUUUACUCAACUAGCUCAGUUUAAAGGUCAACCAUGCAAUGAACCUUUGGUGGAGUCACGGCCGUGUUUUCCCACAAAACUUUGCAACAUGGAGGAAACAAACUGUGGCAACAAAUUCCAUUGUGAAAACGGUCGCUGCAUUAGCCAGAAGUUAAAGUGCAAUGGAGAAAAUGAUUGUGAGGACAAUUCAGAUGAAAGGAACUGUCCACGUGUGCGACCCGUGUGUGCAAGAAAACAUGAGAGCAUUCCUGGUGUGGACCUAAUGGGCUACGGAUAUCAUAUUCUGGCAGGAACACGUCGAGGUAAUGUUCUCCAUAAUUCUUUUAAUGGAGGCACCUGUAGACUUGUGAAGACCAGUGAUUUGAGGAAAACAUAUCGUCUUCCUGCAAACGUAGAGUCUGUUUUCUUCCAGGUAGUGAAUGAAGAAGAUGAGGUGGCUUCGGAAUACUACAAUGACUUAAUUCCCUUUGAAAGCCAUACUUCUGAUAGUGGCUCUUCUACUAGCUCAAGCAAAAGACGAUCUGGGAUCCCAGUCCUGUUCUCCAAGAAGACAAAAAUCCGUGUCACAUCCUCUUACUCCUUCAAGGAAGCAAUACAAGCGUCAAAGAAAAAGGAGUCCAGAUUUAUUAGGAUCCAUAAAGUCAUAGCGGUAUCCAACUUCACCAUGAAGGAAUCAGGCUUGCAGCCAUCUAAGGUGUUCUUAGAGGCACUUAAUAGCUUGCCCCUGGAGUACAACUAUCCCCUUUACAGCCGGAUAUUUGAUGAUUUUGGCACACAUUACUAUUCCUCUGGGUCAUUGGGAGGCAGAUACGACCUCCUUUAUCAGUACAGUGCUGAAGAGCUGAGAAAUUCAG